GCUCAGGUGGCCUUUCUCCAGGGAGAGCGGAAGGGGCAAGAGAAUCUAAAGACGGACCUGGUGCGGCGGAUCAAGAUGUUAGAGUAUGCACUGAAGCAGGAAAGGGCCAAAUAUCAUAAACUGAAGUUCGGGACAGACCUGAACCAGGGGGAGAAGAAACCAGAUCUGCCAGAACAAGUUCCCAAUGGCCCUGUGGAGUCCGUCACCCUGGAGAAUAGCCCGCUGGUAUGGAAGGAGGGACGGCAGCUUCUCCGACAGUAUCUGGAAGAGGUGGGCUACACAGACACCAUCCUCGACAUGCGGUCCAAGCGUGUGCGCUCCCUGCUUGGCCGCUCCCUGGAGCUCAACGGGGCUGCCGAGCCCGGCGAGGGGGCCCCCAGGAUGGCACCUAGUCCUGGGGGCCUCAGUGGCGGCGAGUCCCUGCUGGUGAAGCAGAUUGAGGAACAGAUCAAGAGGAACGCAGCAGGCAAAGAUGGCAAAGAGCGUCUGGGUGGCUCAGUAUUGGAGCAGAUCCCCUUCCUGCAGAACUGCGAGGAUGAGGACAGCGAUGAGGACGAUGAGCUGGACAGUGUGCAGCACAAGAAGCAGCGUGUGAAGCUCCCGUCCAAGGCCCUUGUGCCUGAGAUGGAGGACGAGGAUGAGGAGGAUGACUCCGAGGAUGCCAUCAAUGAGUUUGACUUCCUGGGCUCAGGAGAGGACGGGGAAGGGUCUCCAGGCCCUCGGCGCUGUGCCAGUGAGGGGAACCCCCACGACCUGGAGAGCCGUCGAGUCAAACUCCAGGGAAUUCUGGCUGACCUUCGGGACGUGGAUGGGCUGCCCCCCAAAGUGACAGGCCCACCUCCUGGCACACCCCAGCCCCGGCCCCACGAAGGUUCCUUUGGCUUCUCCUCAGACGUUUUCAUCAUGGACACUAUCGGGGGCGGGGAGGUGAGCCUGGGGGACUUGGCAGAUCUCACCGUCACCAACGACAACGACCUCAGCUGUGAUCUGUCUGAGAGCAAAGAUGCCUUCAAGAAGACAUGGAACCCCAAGUUCACCUUACGCUCGCACUACGAUGGCAUCCGCUCCCUGGCUUUCCAUCACAGCCAGUCGGCACUGCUCACCGCCUCCGAGGAUGGCACUCUCAAGCUCUGGAACCUGCAGAAGGCAGUCACGGCCAAGAAGAAUGCUGCACUGGAUGUGGAACCAAUCCACGCCUUCCGGGGUCACAGGGGCCCUGUGCUGGCGGUGGCUGUGGGCAGCAACAGUGAAUACUGCUACAGUGGUGGUGCCGACGCCCGCAUCCACAGCUGGAAGAUUCCAGACCUCAACAUGGAUCCCUACGAUGGUUACGAUCCCAGCGUCCUGAGCCACGUCCUGGAGGGCCACGGGGAUGCCGUGUGGGGCUUGGCCUUCAGUCCCACCUCCCAGCGCCUCGCCUCCUGCUCUGCUGAUGGCACCGUGCGCAUCUGGGACCCUAGCAGCAGCCCAGCCUGCCUCUGUACCUUCCCCACAGCCAGCGAGCACGGGGUCCCCACUUCAGUGGCCUUCACCAGCACCGAGCCUGCCCACGUCGUGGCCUCCUUCCGUUCUGGCGACACCAUCCUGUAUGACCUAGAGGCUGGCAGCACCCUCCUCAUGCUGGAGUCCCGGGGGAGCAGCGGCCCGAGCCAGAUCAACCAGGUGGUGAGUCACCCGAACCAGCCCCUCACCAUCACUGCCCAUGAUGACAGGGGCAUCCGCUUCCUGGACAAUCGGACAGGUAAAUUGGUGCACUCCAUGGUUGCCCACUUGGAUGCGGUCACCUGCCUAGCCGUGGACCCCAAUGGCGUGUUCCUAAUGUCAGGAAGCCAUGACUGCUCCCUGCGCCUGUGGAGCCUGGACAACAAGACCUGUGUGCAGGAGAUCACAGCCCACCGCAAGAAGCAUGAGGAGGCCAUCCACGCUGUUGCCUGCCACCCCAGCAAGGCCCUUAUCGCCAGUGCUGGCGCUGACGCCCUGGCCAAGGUCUUCGUAUGAUGCCCACCUGGCCCGGCUCUGGCCACCACACUGGCUGAGGAGCAGGGCUGGGGGGCGGGGCUGAGGUGAAAGCCUGCACUGGCCCUCUGCCUGGUACUUGGGCGUGCUAAGCCCCACAGUCCUGUGAGGAUGGCCAGGGUUGCCCCGGGCCACAGAAAGGAGGCUGAACCUGAGGAGAUGCCCCAGGGUGGUAGUCCAGUCUGCUCUGCCCCCCACAGGUGGCUGCAGCCUCACUUGGAGGCUCGAGGCAGCCUCUCUCCACCUGCUGUGGAGCCUGGUGGUGCUAACUAAGGGCCUGGUCCUGGGAAUGGUCUUGCGCAGCUCUUGUCCCCACACACUGGCCCGGGGACAGCCCUGCAGGAGUCACUACCGGGGUCUCAGACACCAGCUGCCCUCUCAUGUGCAGCUCAGCCAGGGCCGGAGUCUUCGGGGAUCAGUUUUUCCAAGAUGCCAGAAGGUGCCAGGUUUUCCCCCUUGACCCCCACCCCUGGCCUGUGGGAGCUGUGCUGGGAGGGGUUUCCUGACACCCCUCCUCCAUGGGGAUCCCUGUGGCAGUGGGAGCCCUCCUGGCCCACCCCUUAGCCCCUCGACUGCUUCCAGACACUAACCUCCAGGGCCAGGAGUGUGCCCCCACACUCGCAGGGUGCCCUUCCCUGAGGCACAGGGGUGAAGUGGAGACCCCGCGUAGCUCCCUGUAUAUCUGUGUAAAUGGACGGGAUUUUAAUGCCCCCCCCCGUUAUCACUGUGUGAUAGUCUUUGUCCGUCUCCUCCUAGCUCCACAUUUUGCCUCUAUUUAUUUCACUCUUUAUUUGGGUUCUACCCUGCGCCCAAGCGCUUGAUCCCUCCUUCAGCUUCCUGUUUAUAAGCCACCCUCUGCCCUGAACUUGUACGUGAAAACUUGUCUCAAUAAACCCUUUGGAGUAAGA